CGUCGAUAAUCUAAUCGUUCGUCACUCUCUCUCUCUCUCUCUCUCUCAAAAGUUCUCGACUCGAGAAGAAAGGGAAAACUGAUUUAGGAGAAGGGAAAACUGAUUUAGGGGAGAGAGAGAGAGAGAGAGAGAGAGAGAGAGAGAGAGGAGAGGGGUCGUGCUCUCUUAUCCCCUGUAUGUAAUUCGUCGGCCUCUUAAAUUCAAUUCUAGCUUGGGCUUCGAGCUUAACCUUAAGUGAUAGAGUAAAUCGAUACAGACAAGAAGGGCUUUUAGGGUUUCCAUUUGCAAGGAAGGAAAAUGUCAGCAUAUGAGAAUGUUGUUGGCAGCAAGCUGAAGCUGAAGGGUAAAGCAUUGGAUGUGAAGGCUGGAGGAGUGAAGAAGAAGACGAAGAAAAAGAAGGAUAAGGACAAGCAUCAUCCAGAUGACGAUGAUGGUGGCGCUGGCAGCUAUGAAGGCGAGAUCUCCAAAAUCACUGAAAAUGAUCUGCUGGCGGUGGUGGCAGCACCAGAUGACAAUGCUGAACUCUCUGUGGAGCCCGAAGAAGAUGGCAAAGGCGCAGAGAAAUCGAGUGGAGAAGGCAAGGCGGCUGCUCCACAUGAUGACCAUCUAACGCCUGCUGAGAGGCGAUACAUCGAGCAGAGGGAAAGGAUUGACGUUAAGAGAUUGGCAAAGACUGCCAACAAAUCUCACCGAGACAGGAUUCAGGACUUCAAUCAGUACCUUGCCAACAUGAGCGAACAUUAUGACAUUCCCAAAGUCGGACCAGGAUAAACAACCUACCUACCUACUUCAGCCAGGCAUUCCUGAAUCUGCCCAGGUCUUAUCACCGUCUCAAAUUUAAUGGUUGUAGUUUGCAGAUUGCCUCUGCUUGUUUUGGUGAGUUGCGUAUUAGAAGAUGCGGAAGUUUGCACAAGUGAUACUACUGAUUUUAUGGUGAUAAUUCAGUUUUUCUUCACCUUGAA